GAAAGAAGAAGAGCUACAACGGGGAGAAAAAUCGAAGUUGCGCACUGCAUUGGUAUUGGUAUCGCGAUUGGUGUCUCGCCGUGUGCAUGUGACAGCAAGUGCAGUUAGUUUCUAACUGUAAACGUUUCGGGGCCUUGAGAUGGCACCCAAAAAGUAGAUUCCACUGCGAGUUCCACACGAAACCGCAUCCUUCCCACCCCCAGCGUUGGACUGAGCGAUUUAGCAUUCGGAGGCUGUGGCCAGCCCACCGCGCAACCCCCCCAGCCCUCGAUUCGCCCACAAAUGGAGGAGUUCGGUCCGCCAAGCAAUCCGUCUGCGGUUGCGUCACGUGGCCGCGGACGUGGUCGCCCACCGAAAGUGGCGCCUCCAGCCAUGGCAGCGUUAAAGAAUGCCGAUGCAGAGGCAUCGCCCACGCCGGCAGAGGAUCAGGAUUCCGGACAGAGCGAGUGCCGGCGCAGUUCGCGCAAGAAGAUCAUCAAGUUCGAUGUCCGGGAUUUGCUCAACAAGAAUCGCAAGGCGCACAAAAUCCAGAUCGAGGCACGCAUCGACUCGAAUCCCAGUCCCGGCCAGUCGGCGGGCACAACUGGUGCAACCACAUCCGCGACCAUAGCUGCCGCAUCAGCCGCAUCUGGAAACUCAGUCGCGUCCGUGAGCCGUUUGUUCUCCAUGUUCGAGAUGAGCCACCAAUCGCUGCCGCCACCACCGCCGCCGCCCGCUCUCGAGAUCUUCGCCAAGCCAAGGCCCACACAGAGUCUGAUUGUCGCCCAGGUGACCAGCGAACCAUCGGCUGUCGGUGGCGGACAUCCCGUACAGCCGAUGGCCAAUCAACAAGCGGUGACACCUCGCAAGCGGGGUCGCCCGCGGAAGAGCCAACCAGCGGAAGUGGCCAUAGUUCCAACUGUCAUUGCACCCAGCUGCUCCGAUUCCGAUACGAACUCCACCAGCACCACCACUUCCAACAUGAGCAGUGACAGCGGCGAGCUACCAGGUUUUCCCAAACGAAAGCCAAAGUCCAAGUUGCGCGUCUCGCUCAAACGCCUGAAUCUGUCCAGACGGCAGGCGUCCUCCGAUUCGGGAAACUCACCAUCGUCUUCUUCGCCAGAGGUGGAGCCACCAGCACUGCAGGAUGAGAAUGCUCUGGACGAGCAGCCGGAUCAGGAGCAGAACCUGUCCGGAAUGGUCGUUGCCGAGGAGACAUCCGAUUCCGACUCACAGAUCAUUUUCAUCGAGAUCGAAACGGAGAGCCCCAAGGGGCAGGAGGAGCAGGAGGAGCAGGAAGAGGAACGGCCAGUCGAAGUGGAGCCACAAGAACUGAUCGACAUCGACAUCGAGCUGGCCAAGCAGGGACCCACACCCGACCCGGAACAAGAUCUAGACGAGAUUAUGGUGGAGGUGCUCAGUGGGCCACCCAGCCUCUGGUCAGCGGACGACGAAGCCGAGGAGGAGGAGGAUGUGACAGUCCAAAGAGCCACGCCACCGGAAAACGAACCGGCAGCAGACUCCUCCUCACCAGCGCCACGGCGCAGCAGGCGCUCAGCGCCGUUGAGUGGCAGCAGUCGCCAGGGGAAGACUCUCGAGGAGACCUUUGCCGAGAUAGCCGCCGAGAGCAGCAAGCAGAUCCUGGAGGCGGAGGAGUCACAGGAUCAGGAGGAGCAGCACAUACUGAUAGAUCUCAUCGAAGACACGCUAAGUGAGCCAGAGGUCAUGUCGUCGGUGUCCCCCAUUAUCGAGCACACGGAGCUGGCAGAAGAAAUCGUAGUCGAGGAUAACCAAUUGGAUGUAGUCCUUGAAUCCAAGCCGGAAUUGGUCAUUGAAGCUUCUCCGCAGGUUGCAGAAACCAAGGCUGUGGCUCCGAAGGCAGAACAAGCAUUUUCAGAGUCUGACAAGAUUGCUGCAACCGUGAAAGAAGUCAUUCCCGAGCCAAAAGUGGCAACUAAAGCCACACGGAACGAGGAAUUGGCCAGCGCAGUGGUUCCGAAGCCAGAAUUGGUCACUGUAGAGAGAUCUCCUAUUGCACAAGGAAUUGCUGAAACCAUGGAGCAACUACAUGAACAACCAACCAUACCAACAAAACCACCUACAGAAACCAUCAUUGCAGAAACGAAACCAACCUUAGAAGUCGCAAAGGAGACGCCACCAAAAGAAGAAGCCGCUGCAAGGCCAGCGGAGGAGGAUCAGCCCGCAUCGCAGACAGCAGAAACUAUUCCCGGCUCCGAACGAAUUCCACUUAUUGAAGUGGAAGCAAAAGUGGCUCCACCUGUGUUUUUCGUUCGUGACACCCGAGAUAAAGCAAUUGGAGAAGCAGGCGGCGACGAAACGUCACUGUCAGCAGUAGAAAAGUCAAACACAGUGACUGAGUUCCUGACUGAAAUCACUGCACGGAACACUGAGGCAGCAGAGGCGGAUAAAUCACUGGUCGAGCCCAAAUCCCGCGAAUAUAGCGAAAGCAAACAGGAGCAGAGUAAAGCAGCUGUGCUGGAGAUGAAGGAGCGCAACCACCAAGUGGAGCACAAGAAAGCACCGAUACCAGAGAUGAAGGAGCGCAAGAAACCACUCGCCGAAACUGCGUCCAAGAGGGAGAAGGAACUUGAGAAACCAGCCAGAUCCUCACCAGCAGCUGUGGCCAAAAGGGAACGUGUAGCCGAGAGGGAGAAGGAGUUCGUUAAAUCCACAAAAGAGUCGGUGACUCCUGCCAAACAAAAAGAGACUGCAAAAGCGGCAAAGGAAGCCGCUGCGAAGAAGGAAGCUGAAAAGGAGAAGUCGUCAGCAAAGGAUGAUGCAUCCGUAGCUCUGGAUGAACUGGACAAAUCCUCCGUUGAUUUUACACCUAAAAAGGAUAAAAAUACUGCCCCAUGCCCACCGCUGCUCCCUAUUUUGGAGAGGAGCAGCACCAAAGCACAACAAGAAUCUGCACAGUCAGAGAUCUCGAAAACCACAUCGAAUGAAGCUGCUGCUUCCGCGCCCAAAGAGGAUGCACCCAAAGAGGAGCAGGCAGCAAAGAAACCGCUCGCCGACAAUGCCACAACAUCGGUGGCAUCCACCAAGGCCAAGGAGAAACUCGCGGCCGGCUUCGUUGAGUGCGAUGCCAUGUUCAAGGCCAUGGACAAGGCCAAUGCCCAGAUGCGUCUCGAGGAGAAGAGCAAGAAGAAGCUGAAGAAGGUGCCGCCCAAGGUGGAGGCACCCAGUCCAGUGCCCACCGCCAUGCCGGUUCCUGGCAACAAAAAGCCGCUGGCAAGCAAGGCCAGUUCGCGCAGGAACACCGUGUACGAGGACUCACCCAAGCAGGACAGGCACAGUUCGCCCAGCUCCGAUUCCGCGCAAGCAAACGCCACGGCCAGCAGCAAGUUGAAGCGAUCGAAGGCCAAGAAGAAGCUUAAUCCGCGACGCAGCACGAUUUGUGAGGAGGCAAAGGAUCUCAGAGCGAGCACGAGCAGCACACCCACUGAGGAGGUGGCCGCCAGCUCGCCAGUUUCCACCUCAUCGGAUUCCUCCUCGAAGCGAAACGCCGCCAAGCGAACCUCGAGAGCCGUGCAGCUGCCCGGUGGCUCCAAGUUGGACCAGCGACGCAACACCAUCUGCGAGGAUCGUCAAGCCGAGACAGCCAUACCAGUGCCGCUGACCAAGCGCCGCUUCUCGAUGCAUCCCAAGGCAUCCGCGAAUCCGCUGCACGACACCCUACUGCGCACGUCGGGCAGGAAGCGGGGCCGCAAGGGUGGCAAGGAGUCACUGAGCCGCCAGAGUUCGCUGGACUCCAGUUCGAGUGCCUCGCAAGGGGCAACGAAAAAGAAGGCCCAAAAGUCUGCCGAUGCCCUGAAUGCGGCUCUCUUGGAAACGGAGUCCUCCGAGUCCACAUCAUCGGGCAGCAAAAUGCGCCGCUGGGAUGUGCAAACCUCGCCGGAACUGGAGGCUACCAAUCCGCUCAGCGAUAUUGCCAAGUUCAUCGAAGACGGCGUCAAUCUUCUCAAGCGCGACUACAAGGUGGAGGAAGACCAACGCGAGGAGGGGCAGGAUGAAGUGAAACGCGAGGCAAAUCCCGAGGAGGAUGAAUUCGCGCAGCGCGUGGCUAAUAUGGAAACCCCGGCCACAACGCCCUCUCCAUCGCCCACGCAAUCGAAUCCAGAGGAAUCGGCCAGCACCACGACCAUUCUGCAGGAGAGCAACACCGGCGGCGGAGUGCGUCGCUCGCAUCGGAUCAAGCAGAAGCCGCAGGGACAACGCGCCAGUAAGGGCAGAGGUGUGGCCAGCAUGGUGCUGGCACCGAUCAGCAUGGACGAGCAGCUGUCCGAGCUGGCCAACAUCGAGGCGAUCAACGAGCAGUUCCUGCGCAGCGAGGGUCUCAACACGUUCCAGCUGCUAAAGGAGAACUACUAUCGUUGCGCCAGGCAGGUGAGCCAGGAGAACGCCGAGAUGCAGUGCGACUGCUUUCUCACCGGCGACGAGGAGGCGCAGGGUCAUCUAAGCUGCGGCGCCGGCUGCAUCAACCGAAUGCUGAUGAUCGAGUGCGGCCCACUGUGCACGAAUGGUGCACGCUGCACGAACAAGCGCUUCCAGCAGCACCAGUGCUGGCCAUGUCGCGUUUUCCGCACGGAGAAGAAGGGAUGCGGCAUUACGGCGGAACUGCAAAUACCGCCGGGCGAAUUCAUCAUGGAGUAUGUGGGCGAGGUGAUCGACAGCGAGGAGUUCGAGCGACGACAGCAUCUGUACUCGAAGGAUCGCAAUCGUCACUACUAUUUCAUGGCGCUGCGUGGCGAGGCCAUCAUCGAUGCCACCUCCAAGGGCAACAUCUCGCGGUACAUCAACCACAGUUGCGAUCCCAAUGCCGAGACGCAGAAGUGGACGGUCAACGGUGAGCUGCGCAUUGGCUUCUUCAGCGUGAAGCCCAUUCAGCCCGGCGAGGAGAUCACCUUCGAUUACCAGUACCAGCGGUAUGGCCGAGAUGCCCAGCGUUGCUACUGCGAGGCAGCCAACUGCCGGGGCUGGAUUGGCGGCGAACCGGACUCGGAUGAGGGCGAGCAACUGGAUGUGGACACUGACAGCGAUGCUGAGUUGGACGAGGAGGAGCUGGAGGCCGAGCCGGAGGCGGAGGAGGGCCAGUCGCGCAAGACAUCGGCGAAGGCAAAGGCGAAGGCGAAGCUCAAGGCGAAACUACCGCUGGCCACCAGUCGCAAGCGCAAGGAGCAGCCGAAGCCCAAGGAUCGCGAGUACAAAGCCGGCCGCUGGCUAAAACCCUCCGCUGGCGGCCCAUCAUCGGCGGAGAAGACCUCGAGGAAGCCGAAGGUCAACAAAUUCCAUGCAAUGCUCGAGGAUCCCGAUGUGCUCGAAGAACUCUCGCUGCUCAGUCGCAGCGGGCUGAAGAACCAGCUGGACACGCUGCGCUUCUCGCGUUGCAUGGUUCGUGCCAAGCUGCUCCACACACGUCUCCAACUGCUCGGUGUGCUGACGCGUGGCGAGCUGCCAUGUCGUCGUCUCUUCCUCGACUAUCACGGCCUGAGAUUGCUGCAUGCCUGGAUAAGCGAGAAUGGCAACGAUGACCAGUUGAGAGUGGCCCUGCUGGACACCCUCGAAUCGCUGCCCAUUCCGAAUCGCACCAUGCUGAAUGACAGUCGCGUCUACCAGAGUGUCCAACUCUGGAGCAACAGUCUGGAGCAGCAGCAAGCUACAGUGGCACACGCAUCGCAGGCGGCGCUGCACAAACGGAUGGUGGCGCUGCUGCAAAAGUGGCAAGCACUGCCGGAGAUCUUCCGCAUACCCAAGCGCGAACGCAUCGAGCAGAUGAAGGAGCACGAACGGGAGGCGGAUCGCCAGCAGAAGCACGUCCAUGCCAGCACCGCGCUGGAGGAUCAGCGGGAACGGGAGAGCAGCAACGAUCGCUUCAGGCAGGACCGCUUCCGUCGCGACACGACGAGCAGUCGCAUUAGCAAACCCACUCGCAUGAGCGGCAACAAUACGAUAUGCACGAUUACCACGCAGCAGAAGGGCAGCAACGGCGCCAUGGACGGCAUGGCCAGGAGCGACAAUCGUCGCCGCUCCGACAUGGGACCCUCCACAGAGCCCAGGCGUACGCUGUCAAAGGAGCUGCGACGCAGUCUGUUCGAGAGAAAGGUGGCUCUGGAUGAGGCGGAGAGGCGGGUGUGCAGCGAGGACUGGCGCGAGCACGAGCUGCGCUGUGAGUUCUUUGGCGCCGAACUGAACACGGAUCCCAAGCAGCUGCCCUUCUACCAGAACGCGGACACUGGCGAGUGGUUCAACAGCGACGACAUGCCCGUGCCAGCGCCACCGCGCACAGAGCUCCUGUCGCAGGCGCUGCUCUCACCCGAAAUGGAUGGUGGCCAGGUCGCUCCAGCCGUCGAGUAUAAACUACCGGCUGGUGUGGAUCCCCUGCCGCCCGCCUGGCACUGGCGGAUGACCAGCGACGGCGACAUCUACUACUACAAUCUGCGCGAACGCAUAUCGCAAUGGGAGCCACCCAGUCCGGAGCAGCGCCUGCAGACGCUGUUGGCGGAGGAUCCCACGCAGCAGCCGCUGCACGAGCUGCAGAUCGAUCCCGCGCUCCAGGCCAACGAGCUGAUUCAGGUCGACAUGGACUACGUGGGCUCGCUCAGUUCCAAAUCCCUGGCGCAGUACGUAGAGGCCAAGGUGCGGGAGCGUCGUGAGCUGCGUCGCAGUCGGCUGGUCUCCAUUCGACUGAUUAGUCCACGAAGGGAUGAGGAUCGGCUGUACAACCAGUUGGAGUCCCGCAAGUACAAGGAGAACAAGGAGAAGAUCCGGCGACGCAAGGAGCUCUACCGACGCCGCAAACUCGACGCCCCACCCGAUGCGGCAGCCAAUGCGGAGGAUGCUCAGCCCGGCAAGCCGCUGACCAUUCAGGCCUACUUGUACUCCUCCGACGAGGAAGCGACUGAAGCACCAGCAGCGGAACAGACCGCCACCGCCGCCGAGGGUACUGUGGCGCCGGACGAAGAGCAGGCAUCACUGAACCUGGCACCGAGUACCAGUCACGCCGCCCUGGCGGCUCUGGGCAAGUCAGUGGCCCAGGCGAUGCAGCCGAGCGCUGUGGGUGCGGCUGCCAAGCGGAAGCUACCCAUGCCACCAAGUGUUUCGGUCAAGAAGCAUCGGCAGGAACAGCGGAGCAAGAAGGGCACGAGUGGCCAGAGUCUCCUGACCACCACCAGUGGACGCGAGGCGCACGAGAAGUUCCGCUUCGAGAUCAGCGGUCAUGUGGCCGAUUUCCUGCGUCCGUAUCGCAAGGAGAGCUGCCAGCUGGGUCGCAUCACCAGCGAUGAGGAUUACAAGUUCCUGAUUAAGAGGCUAAGCCAUCACAUUACCACCAAGGAGGUGCGGUACUGCGACCUCACCGGCAAUCCCCUGUCCUGCACGGAGUCAGUGAAGCACAAGUCCUACGACUUCAUCAACCAGUACAUGCGCAAGAAGGGACGCGUCUACCGGAAGCCAGCGGAGAGCACCAUAUUCUAGCCCACUGCCGCCACUCCAGCGACUCCCAACAACAACAAGAAGUCCAUUGAUUGCUAGCGAGGAUGUGUCUCUGCAGCGGCACCAGAACCCGAACCAAAUCCCACACGGAACUAAAACUAUACAUUUACUUUAGAUACGAAUUUAGUUAAGGAACUUAGACCCCUAGGAUGCGAUCUACCCCUCGAAGUGGGUAGCGUUUUUCGGGUGGGGCAAAACGACUAGAACAUUGUACAUCUACAUCUUCGAAGGAGAUAGAAAAUUAAUGAAUUGGCGGGCAAAGUAAGGGGAAAACUGCAAAAAAAUCCAAACUGGGGCUUCAUAUUUCCAAUAAGUGGUUACAAUUUGUAAUUAAUAAGCAUUUUUAUUUACAUUUUCAUUGCUAUUCACCAGCUGACAAACAAUAAACAUAAACACAAUAACAUAAAAUGUA